GAGGAAGGUUUUAUGAAAGUAGAUUUUCUUUUAGGAUUGAUUUUGUGCGUUUUCCCCCCUGUCAUGGGCCAGCUCCUGCCUGCUCAUCUCCACCCGGAGUUUGAGGGUCUUAACUCUUUGCCUAAGCAGAGUAUGCUUGACCACAUACAUACUUAUGCCCAACGUACAUUCAGGGUUAGAUGUCUUUGGGAUCAACUGUCAUAAUUUAGGGCUUGAGAGAUGAUUCAACAAGCAAGAGUACUAUACUCUUGCAGAAGUCCUAGGUUUGAUUCCCAGCAGCCACAUGGCAGCUCACAACUGUCUGUAACUCCAGUUCCAGGGAAUCCUAUGCUGUCUUUUGGUCCUUCUGGGCACCCGGAACUAUAUACAUGGUGCACUCACAUACAUUCAUCAAAACACCAACAUAAGUAACUAAUAAUUAAACAAACAAUCAAUCAAUCAAACAUAAUUUAAAAAGUCAUUUAAAUGAUGAGGGUUGGGGUGGGAGAGCUACAGACAUGAAGGAAAAGGUAAAUGGAGGUUUCAUUUUUCUCACGCUCAUUAAUCUGUAUCCUUUCCAGUCUCUUUCCACAGUCCAAUUUGACAUUACUAUUUACAGUAUUUCACUCUGAUUUCAUGCAUAUUGGUUAGUAUGCUUAUUGAAAUGUAUGGCAGGAAAGAUAAGUUUGCUUCAGUUCUUUAAAUUGAUAAACUGUCAUUCAGAGGUCAAAAGCAAUUGAUGCCUGUGGAAAAGAAAUAUUUCCAAAGCUGCAUCUCUUUAACCUCCCAGAACCACUUCUGUGAGACUUGCUAGACAAAGGCCCAAGCAGUCCCUCCCGUUGUCAAGUUGUGGGGACACCCCUCCCCUGCCACAACUCAGCCUUCCAUUGUUUUCAUCCCAUAGUUUUCUUGGCCAACUCCAUCCUUCCUCUUGGCGUCUACUGUCUAUAAUUUACUAGCACACCCCCAAUUUUGCAUCUCUCCAACUUCUAUGUAGGUAAUUGUAGAUACUUCUGAUUGGAUUAACCUGCCCACAGGUACCUGGAACUCAGUAUGCCUGAUAAACCCCACGUAGCCAGAUGAUAUCAUUUGCAUCCAGUCUUACAAGUCCAAAACUUUGAAAUCCAUCCUGGUUCUUCUCCUCAUACUCUGAAUUUAGUCCAUCACCAAGGCUGGCAUGUUCCGUAUCUCCAGCAUCACUUUGAAGCCCCGUGUCCCUAGCUUUGCCACUGUAGCUCAGACUCUGGUUCUUGGGUUAAGGUGGAACUCUGUAAAGCUCAUGUCUAAGUGCUUUAACCUUCCUAAAGAUCCCUUGUUUCUGUCAGAAACCUGCCUGUGAUUGUAGCUUGCCCUGACCCAGCCUCAUUCAUUCCUUCGUGAUGGUCACAGCCAGUGUACUCAUUUCAAACCAGAUUGUCCCCCAUUUACAUAAUGUGAGGCACAUAUUCUUCAAUAAGCAUACAAAAAUAUAAGCAGGUAAAGUUAGCCGGAUAACCACAUAACCAAUAAUAGAAAUGAUUCAUUAAAGUGUGUGUGUAUUAAAAUUUCAAGAACUCAUGUGCUAUGCAUGUAAAAGGUUUUGGUUACUAUUCAAAGAAAAUGAAUCUUACUGCCCUGUCUUCCUGCUGACUUCCUUUAGACCUGUUCCUCCAUUCUCAUCAUAUAGAAAUAGAUGCCUAGAUUCUACAAAUGAGAACACAUGGGAUAUUUGCUUACUUAAAUAACCUGGACAACCUCCAGUUCCAUCCAUUUUCCUGCACUGCCGUGUGUACAGUGCGUACACUUGCUUUGCGCACAGCUGCCUUGUUUUCUUUACAAUACCCUCUGCUGAUGAACAUCCAGACGGGUCCAUACCCUGGCUAUUGUGAGUGCUAUAGCAGUAAACACGGACGUCCCACAUACAUACUGCGCUUGCCGUAUAGCUCAAGUCUGAUGGUCUACAUUUCCUGUGCUUAGGAACUAUUUGCAAUUUGAAAGUUUGCUUUUUUUUGUUUUUGUUUUUUUUUGUUUUUUUGUUUUUUUCCUGUUCUGUUCUUAGGCCCUAGCUGACUUGAUACAGGGACCAGGUCACACACUGGGUUCUGGAGUUAAAGGUGUGGCCACUGUGCUCAGUCCUUGCUAAACCACAUUUGCCACUGCCCCUCCUAACCCUCCUGCUCCCCCAUCAUGCUGUGCUUAACCUCUGGUAAUACAUGAAAACAGAAACGGAGCAUUGUCUCUGGAAACACUUCCUCCCAGCACCAACCUUGGCUCUCAUUUUACCACCUCUACUUCCUUUUACCCCCAGCAACUGUAUUCUGUGGUAUUAUUUUUCUCUCUCAGCUCUGAGCUUAUUCAUGUUGGGGGGGUGGAAUCAGGGGGUUUUCACUCAUUUUUUUUUUAUUUCUAACUUAUCUGAUGUGCAGUGCCUGGCACUUGGUGGAUGUUGAACAAGAGUCCAGUGGACGAAUGAAGGAACAUCCUGUGAUGUUUGCAUUUGAUCCACUACACUUUGGGGACACAUACUACAGUUAUGCUUUCAUUUGGCUGAGAAUUUAAAAUGCCUUUUAAAAGAAGCUGACUAUGUCGGAGAUGUGAAGGCUAGCGUCUGCUGUGGUCUGACCGGUCGUAGUAAAAUCAUACUUAAACAGCCAACAUAGUUUAAAAGGUUUUAGUAUUUUAAGGUUUUAUUUUGAACAAAUAUAGUUUGAUAAUGAAAGCAGAAAAGAUCUUUUGUGAAUAAAAUAGUUCGUCAUCACGUAAAUGGAGCGAGGAGACUGUAGGUCUUAGUCUUUUCCUGCUCUGUGCAAAUAGUUCUGCAGUUACGCCUUGGGAGGGGCACCGUGGACCUAACCUGAUCAUUCUAUACUUUCCUUUCUGAGGAGACCAAACUCCAUAUUUCCCUGCUUUGCUUUGCUUCUUUUAUUUUUCUUGUCCUGUUGCCUGCCAGAGGCUGAGGUAACCAGGGAGCAAUGUUUUAUACACAGAAACCCAGCACAGGCUUUUGUUAGGCAGUCAGCAAGGCGUCAGUUUUUGAAUACUUGGCUCAGGUGAGCCAGACGAUCCCUUUGAUAACCCCCACACAGAAGUCUCUACGAAGCUCACUUCAGGAUCCAUGCAAAUCUGGGUCUGAAGGAGCCAUCACAGCACAGAAGGAACCUUCGCAAAUGAAGUGUAUCUUGUGUUUACUGGUGUGGACUACAGACAUACUGUGAAGAAAACAAACUGCACAUAAAUAAUUAUUACCAGGACACCGAGGCUGCAAAAACAUUCUUCAGUACUUCCACGAAUCUGUAAAACGAUGUGACUAGAGAGGUCGUUUUUCCAAACAAUGGGGGAAAGGGACCAAAGUUCAGAUACUGAUCAAGAAAGAAAAGGAGGCAAACACCCUUACUCGUCCCAUUACUCGUCUGACUUCGGGUCCUCACCACAGUCUUCUGGCCCCUCGUCACCUGUCAACACGCCACCAUGUGCCAGUAAUAGGGAGAAGAAUCCCAAAAGACACCUGUCAGACCACCACGUGCGCCACCAAACCGUUAGGAAAGUGAGUCCUAAGGCUAUACCCAACAAAAAGGGGGUCCGAGUGGGAUUUCGGUCCCAAAGCCUCAACAGAGAGCCACUUCGGAAAGAUCCAGAUAUCGUAACAAAGAGGGUUCUUUCUGCAAGACUUCUGAAAAUCACCGAGCUGCAGAAUGAAGUGUCUGAACUACAGGUCAAGUUAGCCCAGCUGCUCAAAGAAAACAAGGCUUUGAAAAGUCUGCAGUAUCGUCAGGAGAAAGCACUGAGUAAGUUCGAAGAUGCAGAGAAUGAAAUCUCACAACUUAUACACCGCCAUAACGGUGAGAUUACUGCGCUCAAAGAACGCUUAAGAAAAUCUCAGGAGAAAGAGCGGAUGGCAGAGAAAAGAGUGAAAGACACAGAAGGGGAACUAUUUAGGACGAAAUUUUCCCUACAGAAACUAAAAAAGAUCUCUGAGGCCAGACACCUACCGGAGCGAGACGAUUUGGCCAAGAAACUAGUUUCAGCAGAGUUAAAAUUAGACAACACCGAGAGAAAGAUUAAGGAACUAUCGAAGAACCUGGAGCUAAGCACCAACAGCUUCCAGCGGCAGCUGCUUGCUGAAAGGAAAAGAGCGUUUGAGGCUCACGAUGAAAAUAAAAUUCUCCAAAAGGAGCUGCAGCGGCUCCACCACAAGCUGAAGGAGAAGGAGAAAGAAUUGGAUAUAAAAAACAUCUACGCUAAUCGCCUGCCCAAGUCCUCUCCAAAGAAAGAGAAAGAAAUUGCAAGAAAGCAUGCAUCCUGCCAGAGCGACUUUACGGACCUGUGUACAAAAGCAGUACAGACCGCUGAAGACUUUGAGCCGGAAGAGUUUCCUUUCACAGCACAGACAGUCCUUUGUUAUGAAAACAGAUGGGACGGGUCAGAAUAUCUUCCUUCGUACCUGGAAUACCAGGAGCGAAAUGAGCAUGGGUCAGAGAGUCUAAGCUCAACUUUGGAACAAGAAGGAAAGUACAGCGACGACCAGGAUUCAUGUACUGCAAAGCAGGAGACCGGGAAGUCUGAAUGUGAAUGGGAAAGAGAAGAGCUUGAUAAGGUGAAAGGCAAGUCAUCUUUGCUAGGGAGAACAGAGAAGCUGGUGUUAGAAGCUGGAAGUGUCCAAACGGAAAGUUAUCAAGCUCAAACGAUUGAUAAAUUCCAAGACGAGGCGGAAAGACUAAAGACAGAAAUGCUUCUUGCCAAACUGAACGAAAUCAACAAAGAACUCCAAGAUCCCCAGAGCCUCAGCCGACCCCUUUUGCCGUUGCUACCCAACUUCGAAUCCAAGCUGUACUCUCCAGACAGAAGCCUCAGACCUUACACGUUCUCGGAGUCCUUAGACAGAUCAUUUAAUGGACAACAUUUGUCAGACAUGAGUUUUUUAACUCCCAGGGACGAAGGCCAGAGUCCAGGACUGAUCAGAAGUCCAGCUCCUUCAGAUGAGUUCUCAUUCGGUAGCUACGUGCCUUCGUUUGGAAAAACACCAGGAAAGUCAAAUCCACCUAGCCAAAAAAAUAGCCUUUUAGAUUUCCAAAGCAACAUGUCUGAGGGCCUGAGUAAAGACAGUCUAGAUUUCAUUUCAAGGAAAGAGAAAAAGGCAACCCUGAUGGAGCAGCUGUUCGGCACCAGCGCCAGCGCCAGCGCCACCAACACCAGCGCCAGCACCACCACCAACACCACCACCAACACCAACACCAACACCAACACCAACACCAACACCAACUGCAAUGUCCCCUCCAAGAGCAUUGACUCACAUUUCCCUGCUGCCAGCAGAGGUGACUUGGACCCUCUUCAUUUCCUCUCCGGGGACAGAAGCAGCAGAGUCCGGGAGCCUGAUGGUGAAGAUGAAGACCUUUUCCUCAGCGAAGGAAGAAGUUUUAAUCCAAAUAGACACCGGUUGAAGCACACGAGCACUAAGCCAACAGUCACGGCCGUUGACUCUAUUGACGAGGACAUUGAAGAGGUUACCCUCAGAUGACUGACUGGAGCACACAGAGUAUAUAUAUUUUUUCAAUUGUAAAUAUUAAAGUAUUUUAAUACAGUAUUUAUUAUAAACAUUUAAACUUUCAAUGGUAAAGUAGACUUAGUAGGGAGUAACUUUUAGUGGCUAACGAUGGCAUAAUCAAACAGGUAGUACUGUUCCUCAAAGCCGCAUUGUAAGAAUGCUUUUUUGUUUCGAAAUGAACCCUAAGGAGAGUUGUUGCUGACUGUUCCUCUGUUGUUACGGCUAGGUCUCACUGAGUUAGCACUGUGGGAAGUUUUACUUCAGUAAAUCUCAUUUCUUUUCCCUCUCAUUUUGAUCCAACCUCAGUGAGCCCAAGCACUGUUUUUCCCACUGAUGGCUAAGUGGAAAUGGAGGGUCUCCGGUAGGAUUAAAGACCUCAGUGGCAGACAGCAGUGGGAUGUAGGAGCUGUGCCCUUGUCUGAGGUGACAGAGCCAAGCCACUCUUGAGUGGUGGUGACAGUAAUGUUGGGACUUCAUUUUCUUGGAAAACCAUCCCUGGGGACUUGAGGGUGUUUAGAGGAGUGUGCACUGGGCGGUGACUCCUCAGGAGUAAUUGAUACUCCUCAGUUGCAGGCCCGGAGUCACUCAGUGCUGCCUUGCUGGCCGCGUGCGUGGAUACGGUAGAGCACAGGAGACAUGGCUGCCUUAAUGGCCUUCCUUUCUGUGGCUGCAGGAGGCUUGGGCACAAGCUCAAGGCUGUCCUUCCUCUCCUCUUCUGUACACUCUAAAUUCUGGUGACAGGUGAAAGAUUCCCUACCAAAUACGGGCAGUAGAAGAAAUGCCAGCCCAACACAAUGAUUUUCAACUCAAUUAUGUUUCCAGAGUGUUAUGUUUGGAAAUUUUCAUACAUAUUUUUAAUAUUUGAACUUGUGCUCAAACUCAGGAGACAGCAGUGCGAUACUCGUGAGUUUGUGAUGUUGACACAACUUCACCAAGAAGUUUUUAGACGUGGGGCUCCUGUCUUUCUGAGUAGAUGCGAUAGCUUUCUGUUGAAAGGCAAGGUCCUUCCACUCAGUCCAGGAUAGCUGAGGGGCAUUUGCUGACUUGGUCUGGCCUGUUGGAGCAGUAAUGUAUCAGCCAAGGAGAAGCAUUGCGUGGAACGCGGGUGACCUGUGGAACGCGGGUGACCUGUGGAACGCGGGUGACCUGUGGAACGCGGGUGACCUGUGGAACGCGGGUGACCUGAGCAGUGUGUCCAUUUGUUCACAUCUCAUGCAAGGCUUAGGGAAGGCGUUCCCAUGUUGUCUGGGUUCUUCUGCUGUUACUUGGUAAGACCUUCCCUGGUCAGUCCUAAUUCACGGCUGUACUGCUGUCUUCCCCCUGGAUUGGGUUCUUGUCAUUUUGGGGGAACAAACUCUCCUUAAAGUGCUAAAUAAUAUUUAAAAUUUUUCUCAGGAGAGGACUUUAUGAAUAAGCAUUUACUAUAUUGCAAAUCAUUGUAAUAUAUGUAAGCAUGUUAUUUGUGACACAGUUCUUGAUAAAGCAUUAUGUAAUGUUAAUUUUGUUCAUGGAUAUGGUUUUUCUUUUUUUACAAAAGUAUUCUAAUUUUAAGGGUUUUUAAAAUGUUUUUGUCCAGAAAAAUUUUUAUUCACUACUUUCAUUAUAUUUAUGCCUUUUCUACUUGAAAGUCUAUUUAACCCAGUGAAACAAAGAAUUAUUAAAAUUAAAUUAAGUUAAAAACUUAAAGGCAUUAUGAUGUUUAGUAUUAAAAUUUGAUAUUAAAAUGUACAGAACUUAGAGAGCAAAUCAGUUUUUUCUAAAUGUCAAGUUAAAUUAUUUGUACUCAGAACUCUUACUAAUAAAAAGUUAAAACACA